AUGUGCCAGGGUGGUGACUUCACAUGCCAUAAUGGCACAGGCAGCAACUCCAUCUAUGGGGAAAAAUUUGAUGAUGAGAAUUUCAGCCUGAAGCACACAGGUCCUGGCAUCUUGUCCAUGGAAAAUGCUGGACCCAACACAAAUGGUUCCCAGUUUUUCAUCUGCACUGCCAAAACUGAGUGGCUGGAUGGCAAGCAUGUGGUCUUCAACCAGGUGAAAGACGGCAUGGAUAUUGUGACAGUCAUGGAGCACUAUGGGUCUAGGAAUGGCAAGACCAGCAAGAUCACCAUUACUGACUGUGGACUACUCUAA